AGUAUUUAGUAGGUAUUAGCGUAUAGACUUAUUGAUGAGCUUAUUGUUACGCACUUCCCAUUAAAUACUGCAUCAUUUGAUUCAUUGUUAUUAAAUUAACCCAUUAUAAUAUAGUCCUUGAAUAUUCGUUCAUAACUACUAUACCUAUUGCUAGGACAGUGUAUAAUAUCUCAAAAACAAUUAUCUACUAAUUUCAUUUUAUAGAUUGUUUAUAUGGUGGUAAUAAAUUCUAAUGCAGACAAAUUUUGUUUUCAUUCGUAUGUACAUCUUUAAGCACUACGAAGUCUAUAAUUGGAGUUUUGAUUGAACAAUUAUUAAUUAUGGAAGCCUGUAUACCCGAAACAUUUAGAAAUGGGACAGUCUUAGUGACCGGAAGUACGGGGUUUCUUGGGAAGAUACUCGUUGAAAAAAUACUCAGAGCUUGUCCUAUAAAAAAAAUUGCAAUUAUAGUGAGAAAUAAAAAAGGAAUUAACGCUAAUCAGAGGGUAGCAGACAUCUACAAGCAAGCUGUAUAUGAUCGACUUAGAAUUGAAAAACCAGAUUUUAUGGACUUAAUCAAAAUCAUUGAGGGUAAUCUAGAAGAUUCGUCAAUGGGUUUGAUAACAGCUCAUCGCGAUUGGAUAAUUGAAAAUGUAAACUUUGUUUUUCAUUGCGCGGCUACAAUAAAAUUUAACGAAACUCUCGAAUCAGCAUCAAAAAUAAACAUACUAGGGACUGAAAAACUCUUGUCCUUAGCAACACAAAUGAAGAACCUUAAGGGUUUUGUGCAUGUGUCGACCGCUUAUUCGCAUUGUCCCAAAAAUGAAAUCAAAGAACAAUAUUAUCCUGUUCCGAUUACGGCCAAGGAACUAAAAAAUAUGUUCGGUCUCGACGAUUCUACGCCAAGAAUUUUAGAAGAUUGGCCCAACACGUAUUGUUUUACAAAAGCAAUUGCAGAAAAUUUAGUAUUAAUAAAUGGUAUUCAUUUACCAAUUUCAGUAUUUCGUCCAUCAAUUAUCGGAUGUACGAAAUCGGAACCCGAUCCCGGUUGGCUGGAAAACAUGAAUGGUCCGUCUGCCAUAGUGGCUGGUGUUAUGACUGGAUUCUUGAGGACCGUUCCAAUCGUCAGAAAUAAAAUUACGGACAUAGUGCCGGCGGAUUACACCGUAAACGCGUUAAUUAGUGUUAUGUGGGAUACGGCUAAUAGAUAUCAAGACUCUAAUCUGAUAAACCAGGAACCAAAAAUAUAUAAUUACGUUUCUAGUGUCGAGAGUCCUCUUUUAUGGGGUAGAUAUAUAGAAGAAAUGAAUGGUCAUUAUCACGAAGCUCCGCCUUUACAGUCAGUAUGGUAUAUGUUUUGUAUUUUUUAUACCCAUUUAUGGAUAGGCAAAAUUUUGAGAUUUCUAUUGCACCGGAUACCAGCCGCGUUGGUGGAUUUUUUGUUAAUCGUAUGCGGUAAAAGUCCUAAAAUGUUGAAAAUGUAUGUCAAAACAGAAUGCAUGAUAGAUUUACUUUAUGUGUUUACUACGAGACAGUGGAAAUUUGACAAUAGUAAUACUCGAGAAUUGUGGUCGUUAUUAAGCCAAGACGACCGCAACACAUUUUGGUACAGCUUAGAAGAAUUUGAUUGGGCAUCCUAUAUAAAAGUUUAUUUUUAUGGCAUCAGAAAUCACGUGUUACAUGAAGAAUUGAGUAAUGUGGAUACAGCAACAGUAAAAAAUCGAAAAUUAUUUUGGUUGCAUCAGUUAUGUAUUUCUGUUAUUAUUUACGUUACUUUUCAAGUAUGUUGGACGUUUUUAUAGUAUUUAUACUGACUGGUAAAAUGUGUUGAUACAGAACAUUGCAAUGGUUUUAUAUCGUUAAUAAUAAUUAGUAAUAAUUAAAUCAAUAUUUAUGAAUUAUUGAUUUUAUGUAGUUGUUUUAAAGUUAAAUUUAUAUUAUGUAUUUGUUAAGGUUCAGUGUGUACAUACUUCCCAUUAGUUAGUUAUUAAGUAUAAUGUAUCAAAUAUGUAUAGAUGAAUAUAUAUUUGAUUAUUCGAUUGAUAUGGAAGAAAUUCUACUGAAUUCAUUUAUACAAAUGUAAAAUAAUAAGUAAAUAAUAAGUAAUUUCAAAAGUAUACCCACAUAAUUUAUAAUAAUUAUAUAAUAUGAAUAAAUAUAAAUAUUUUAUAAUAAUGUUCAAGGGAGCGGAAAAAAUUUGACGAAAUUUGAAAAAAAUAUAUUGUGUUCAAUACAAUCGUGUGCUUUUUUUAGUUACUUAUUAUGCUUUAAGAUCCAAGCUCCAGUCAUUAAGUAUGCAAUACAGGUAAUAACCGAAAGAAUUAUCAUAGUAUAAAACAUCAAAGUUUUUCUAAGAUUUUAUAUUUUAGAUCCUUAAGCCAUGUAUGUCAUUAUUCAUUAUCAGGGCUAGGAUUUAUAUGCAACAGCAUGUUUUUUUUGUGACUACUGAUUAUUGAUUUUGUCAGUAUUGUCCACGAAUCUCUUCACGAUGAGAUAGA